AUGGGAGGGGUGUACACUCGACUGUUGCUACAAAAGAAAAGACAAAGGCAUUUUUGUCUACUAUCACGGCAAUUGGUGCGCAACCUUUAUACUCCGAUCCAGUCCCCAAAGCAACUGCAUGACCCAUCACCGUCCGAGCUUCUUCGUUUCACUUUGACAGGCUCAACAAAGCCAAUUCAGAGCUCGGAUGCUGAUGUAGAACUAUCGGGGUAUCUGAACGGUCUUUUUUCUACUGAUUGGAAGUCAAACUCGCCACCUGCUUCAUUAUGGACUUCUCUCAAAGGCCUUACCCUACGCAACGAAGAGCUGCUGCGAGGCCUCGAUGCGGAAACCCCCAACAUAUCUUUCUUGCGGAGUCUGAUUGAGAGAUAUGUCAAAGACGCCCAUGGAUCGGAACUCUUGCAGGCCGAAAACAGCACGUUGCUGCGAUUUGCUUUGCAGCGCUGUCAACGACAAAACACAAUACAAGAGAUCAUCACAGUGGUGAGUGACCUUAUUGCAAGGCUCAAUCGCCUUCAGCUCCAAGUUCAGCCUGGGACGUACGCUACAGGGAUAUCUCUUGCGGUGCUUGAUCUUUCGCCUUCCGCUCUUGAGCAGUUUGUGAGAAACCAUCAACUUGUGGGCUUGCCAGUUCUAGGCGCCAGGGAGAGCAUACGCAUAGUUCAGCAAUGUUCCGAGGCACUUGACUGCAAGACUUUCGAAGACCCAAACUAUGAUCCAACUCCCAUGCUUGCUGCAGUUACAGGGGAGGGCGAGGCGGAUCUAGUUCCCCAGAACCGUCCCAUACUGCAUGAUAUUCUGUACUGGAGGAAGCAUAUCGAUCAGCCCGACGGACGGUUCAGCUCUCACAUCCGUGGUCAAGAAUACAUUUAUCUUCUUGCCAGGCUUGGAAGCGAUGAGGUACUUCACAAAUGCUGGAACGACUUUUUGAAAAAUCUCCAGCCCAAAGAUCAUCACAGCUGCCUCGCUGCUUAUCAAGUAGUGCUGACAUUAAUACAAAACGUCCGCUCGGAGAUUGCAGUGAAAUAUCUAGAAGAUGUCUCUCAGCGGUGUGGUGACACUCUUCCGUUCAUCUCGAGGUUUUCAAAUCUCCAGGUGUUCGUGGAUGACCCUGUUGUGGGUGAAGCAUUACCUGAUUUAGUACGGGGAGAAGACUAUCUUGAGCUACUCGAGGCUCGCCUCAAAGACAUGGGCCAGAGAAUGGGGGUUCAGUGGGACCCUCAAAGCCAAGAACAUUCCACUACGGCUCCAGAGCCCUCAGAGUCAAUAUGGGAAGCCUUUGGAGACCAACUUGUGCCCAAGAAUAACAAAAGCGGUGUCAACUCAAGUCAUGGAGGCCAAUUAUACGCAGAACUUCGCGUCCAUGGAUGCUCCAAGUCACCGGCUGCAUUGACCAGGAUCGCUGAUCUACUGCAUGACCACAACGGACAAUCUCUGCAGAUUGUCACGCACCUUGAUUACAGGAAAGAGCGGCUACAGGAAUUUCGCUCUAAGUUUGAAGGAUUCGAACUGUGUUGGUUCCCGGAGCACUCACCGAUAGAAUUGUCUGACUCCAGGAUCUCUGUGCUGCAUGAUUCCACCAAACCUAGUUCUCCGCCGAGUCUCGGACUCCUUCGGGCUCGCUUGAUCGUUGGUGGAGCGCCUCAGUCGGGGGCCAAUACCUUACAUCUAAUGCAACUUGGCUGCAUGGAUAUGCGGUAUAGUCCGGACGAACCAUGGCAGUCCUCCGGGUACAUUGUCGUUUGGGAUCGUCAUUUCGGUGAACUUCUCGGACUGUAUGUCGGGCAGAAUACCGGAGUUAUUGACAGUGGACCGAUGCCGGUUGGCCCUCUUGGUGCUUUGAUGCAUAUCAGGCUCUCUUCCAAUUCCGAGGAACAGGCACUAUCUCCUAGUGGAACUCCCACACACCCUCGGAAUUGCUGGGGACCCUACCACUUGGAUAUAGAUCCAAGUCUAGAUCUGGACUAUGAUUAG